AGAAAGGGGAGGUAUGCUGGAGGAUUCUGCUGUUUAAUAGGAGUUGGUGAUGGGUGGGAGUACCAUCAGGCAUGACGUCAACGGAGCGGACGAGGCAGGGAGUGGGGAGCAGGAGGAUGGGGAAGCAUGCUGGAGGAUUCUGCUGCUAUGGGGGUGGGGAUGGUGACGGGCGGGAGUGCUAGCAGCUGCUGUGUCAAGGAGAGGGAGACUUGCUGGAGGAACUGGGUGUUGUGGAACGGAUAGUGAUGGGCGAGAUUUACUCCCUCCCUGGGAAUACUACGAUAUAAACCACAGUGCCGAGUGAGUGGUUGGUGCAUUGACCAUGAUGAUUGCAUGCAAGGAGGGAGGGCGGAGAGUUUUGGCUUACCACUAGGAGAGGUGGUGGUAUGUGGGUGAUCAGUAAAUCACAUUGUGUUAGGGCGCGUUAUAAGAUGCCAAUGUAAUUGGUUGCGUUGCGUUUUAGAGCAAUUGGAUCGUGAGGUAAAAUGUUUUUGAGGCACGUUAUCUCGACGGAAGGAGUGAAGAUUGACCCCCGCAAAAUUCAGGCGAUUCAGGAAUGGAAGCUGCCGACCAACCUCCGGGAGCUGCAAUCGUUUUUGGGGUUUCCCCUCGAGCCACCCCAGCAACCUUGGCAACAUGUGACAAUGGGUUUUGUCAUCGGCCUGCCGGCCGGACCACGUGGUAAUGACGCGGUUCUUGUCGUCGUCGACCGCCUCACGAAAAUGGCCCACUUCGCGCCAUGUCGCACGAUGAUCACAGCCGAAGAAAUAGCACGUCUUUUCAUCUCGGUCGUCGUUCGCCUGCAUGGUAUCCCUACAGCGAUCAUCAGCGACAGAGACUCGAAAUUCACUCCGCGCUUCUGGCAAGACACGUGGAACCGAUACGGCACCCACCUACAGUUUUCAUCCGCCUAUCACCCGCAAACCAACGGUCAGACAGAACGUACGAAUCAGACCAUGGAACAGUUUAUUCGAACGAAUUGUCCGGAUAUCAGCAAAAGGGAAGAUUCACUACCCAUGCUCGAGCUUCCUACAACAACACACCCUCCGCCACGACCAAUAAUUCGCCCUUCUUCCUGAAUUAUGGGUUGGAUCUGACA